CCGAAGACUUCGACAUCGCCCAACAACAACCACCAUCGCGUCAAUGUAAAUCGACAAUUGUAUUUCCAUUCAAUUCAAUCACCAUGAACGACCAAUCCCCACCAAAGCGAGUUACACGCGCCCGAGCGGCGGCCAAAACAACAGACACCGCUCCUAAAACCACCAAGAUCGCGACUGCGGCUUCGAAGGCCAAAGCUACUCGAAGUGCACCUAUGACCAAGCGAAAGACCCGAGCCGACGAUAUCCACGAAGACGAAGAACAACCCGACCCUGAACCCAUAAUCGAACCAGAACCAAAGCCUACUCGAGGCCGAGCCAAGAAGGUUGUCAAGCCUGAGCCUGAACCUGAACCUGAGCUAGAAAUGGAGGGGGAAACUCUAGCUCCAGUCAAGACAAGCAGAGGCCGGCCGAAGAAGGCUGCCAUCGAAACGCCUGCGCCCGAGCCUACACGAUCUACACGAGGACGUGCGAAGAAAGUCGACGUCCCCGAAGAACAAUCCGUUGUUGUCGUCGAAGAGCCGCCCAAGAGAGCUCCCCGCGCUCGUGCUGCACCCAGGGCCGCUCCCAAGAAGACAGUCACAUUCGAGGAACCAGACAAGGAGAACAUCGUCCCACAGGAGAUCAAUGCAAAGGGUAAGCCAGAGACCGGCCUUCGUGCCAAGCCUGUCCGCAAGCCCGCAGCCACCACAACUCGAGCUACUCGUGGGAGAGCGAAGACUCUCGCUGAAGAGAAGCCCGAGAGACAAUCUCCUCUCAGUCCAAAGAAAACUACACAAAUUGCGACCGCCAAGGAAUCAGUCUCAGAGGACGAGCUUGCUUCGAACGAGAAGACACCCAUGAAACCUCUCUCGAAGAGUCCGAUGAAGCCUCCGGGAAGCAUUUUCGGAACUGCAAAGAAGCCGGACUUUUCUAGUUCUACCACUGUUAAUCGGGUCACCAUACAAGACCUUUCCAGCUCAGUUAUGGGCAGUCCUGCCCGUCGUCCACUACAAUCGCCCUUCAAGGAGUCGAUGAAGGCAUCUCCCCAACGAGUUCCAUUGGGUGGCUCAAUGCUUCAAUCGCCAUUCAAGCCCUCCUUCCCACCGCCGAAGUCUACAGCGGCGAACUCACCAUUCAAGGCCUCACUGCUCGGAUCGCCAGCGAGACGCCCACAAUCACCCACGAAAGUCGCAGAGAAUGGUUCUCCAAGCAGGCCUACAACGUCCGUCUUCAAUGCAACACCCAAGGCAAGCACAUUCAAGAUCUCGAGAUUUGCAACUCCACGAACUUUGACAAAGAGUGCUGCACAACCCGGCCAGAUGCUUCCACCAAGUGCUCGAGGGACUUCGUCUACGGGAAGUCCUGGAGCUUCUGCCAAUGAUAUCGAUUCAACCUUGACAGUUCAGCCUAGCCUCUCAUUCUCUGGACGACUUUCAUCUAUAAUGCCCCGCGAUGUUGACCCAUCAUUCACAACAUCUGAAUCAAUUGUUGAGGAGGCAACCGAAAUGUCAAUUAUCCCUGAAGCUGAGCCUCUUACCGAAACCGUGGUGGUUGAUGACCCUGCACACUCAAUCGUCGUUGAAGAUCCUAUGGACUCACAGAGCACCACUCCUCCAGUCUCACCUCCACGCCAUAGCACAGGUACUUUUGGUCUCCGCCAAGAAGAUGAGAAUCCAUUCCAAGACUCAGACUCCGAAGAUGAACUCGCAUCUGGAUCCCCGAGAUUCUCGCCAGCUCCACUUACUGGUUUCCAAAACAUUUCUCGAGGAUUGUCAGCUUCACCAGCUACGCCCACCCCAUUUUCCGGUAUGACGAAGACACCGAGAACAGCCACAACCCAGCGCUCUGUGCGUCAACAAAAGAUUGGAUUUACUCCUCUUGCAGCACAGUUGACUAACUGGAUGGCUGGAAGCCCAGAGAAGUCUGAUAGUGGUUCGGAUGGUGAGAGGACGCCAGUCGCUCAGCGGACUUUUGCGCCUGUUGAACCCUCUCCGGCCAAGAGCACGUUCUUUGAGGAUGAGAUGGUUGUUCGUGAUGAGUUUGUCGCGGCACCAGAGCCAGCGUCCGUUGAGCCUGAUAUUAUCCAAGAGAACUUCGAGGCCGUGGAACCUGACGAGGAAGACUUGGCUCUUGCCCAUGAGGCUGACGAGAUGUCGCUUCUUGAGCCUGACGAGAUUCUCAACCAUGUUUCGGAAGAGAUGUUUGAGCCCGAACCAACCGUUGAGGGAGAGACAAUUGAGACUGAAAUUGUCGAAGAAAUGCCCACCGAGCCUGCUCUGUCAGAGGCUAGUCAAGAGUAUGGUGAUGAAAAUGCUAUUCCCAUCGACCCAGCACUUCUCGCACUUUCAGCGCCUCAACCACCGGCUCCAGUAUAUGCGACUCCCAAGCGUGUGCUAACAGAGAGAGUCUUCCACACGGUUUCCAAGGUCCCUCUCAAGGCUCCUACAGAUGUUACUCCUAUGCGGCCUUCAUCAAUGAAGCGCAGUGCUAGUAUCUCUAGGCUGCCUGUUCAGAGACCAACAAGCAAUCUCGCCCGCAGCAACACAGUCAUUUCAUACUCGCCAACCAAGAGUACAGCCCGCGUCACAUUCAAGGAACAGUCGCUGGAUGUUGUGAUGCAAGACACAAUCGCAACACCUUCCAAGCCCGAGAUGACUACCUGGUCAACAAUGGGUACACCAGCCCGUACUCCUCGCCGCGACCUCAACACUGCUCUGUUGAAAGGAGCAGUUGUCUUCGUGGAUGUCCAUACAACCGAAGGUGCUGACGCCAGCACACUCUUUACUGAGCUUCUCACCCAAAUGGGCGCUCGAUGUGUCAAGCGCUGGGACUGGAAUGGCAACGGUGAUGAAGGCUCAAACAAGAUUGGCAUUACUCACGUCGUGUUCAAGGACGGCGGAAAACGUACUUUGGAAAAGGUAAAGGAGACCAACGGCGUCGUCUCCUGUGUUGGUGUUGGAUGGGUUCUUGACUGUGAGAGAGAAAACAAAUGGCUCGACGAGGCACCAUACCUUGUCGACACAGCCAUGGUCCCUCGGGGCGGCCACCGCCGCAGAAAGAGCAUGGAGCCCCGCGCCCUCGCCAACCUUAACGGCACCCUCGUCCCCUCUACUCCUGGCCGCAUGUCCAUGUCUCCAACCAAAGAGUUCCUCAGCCUCCCAGAUACACCCGGCUUGAACUUCUCAAGCAAGAAAGGCCGCCGAGAGACAGUUGAAUGGGUGCGCUCACCGAGCUCAUCUACGCCUGAGGCGGAGUCCCACGAUCAGACUCUGAUCUUGAGUCCCGUCCCUGCAACCCCUGCAUCAGAAACAUUGUCUUCAAUGUACACCGAAGCAGGUCUCUACGGGAACGAAGCCGAGACACCAGGUGGACAAACUCCUUACUUCCUCCACAAAGAGCAGCUUGUGCAGAAAACUGCUCCUGCUGGUGGACGGUAUGUUGACCGUGAGCAAGGCGAGCAAGCUCUCGGAUUCGAGGGUGGAAAGGGAUACCUAGGAUCAGGAGGCGAGAUGGGAUGGUUGGAGGAGAAGAAGGAUGAGAGCGUUAUGGUGCGGCUUAUGGCUGCGAGGAGGAAGAGUCUGCAGUUUGCGCCGAAGGUUGGGAGUCCGCUUGCUAGAGGGCAACUUUUCUAGAUAACUCGUUGAAUUGUUGUGAAUGAGGUAUGUAUGGGGUGAGAACGUUUGAGUUCUCGGUUUGGUUUGGAUUGGGGAAGGGAGGAAGCAUGGAUACAUAUGAUGCUGGAGUUUUUGCUUUUGCAUGAGGGGAGGGGAGGGUUGGAGUAUUAUAUUGUUUGGUUUGAUUGAAUUAGUGUUGGAUUAAAUUGUCAAUAUGUUGUUUGUUCUCAAUAUUACUCCGGGGUGACCGUGUGAUGUGAAUGUGAUGUUUGUGGGAAUUGAAUUUGUGGGCGGACUGCAGUUGGCGCUAGGUUCGAGGUUGUUUUGAUGAUCAUUGUGAAGUGGUUGGAGAUUUAUGAGGGGAGGCUGAUGGCUUGGAGAGAGGGAAAGGGGAGAGAGAUG